ACUUGAACACAAACAAACGAGAAGAAACUGAUUCUUCCGCUUUUUCUUAUAAUUCCGGCACCGGAUAGGCUAAAGCCGAUUGAUGUGGCCAUAAAUUAUAUCAUUGGAUGAGAUUAGGCGAGAGGCCAGAUUUGAGACGCAGACAGCAUGAGCGCGGAGCUCACGUGUCAUUUCCUCCCUCGUGUUUGCGUCUUGAAUCUGGCGUUACUGGAUUAGGUACCUUGCGUGCAUCGAAUUUAUCGAAUAUUAUUUUGUCAAUGUGUUGCAUAUUUUAUAUUUUACGUAACGAAUAAUAAAGAAAAAUGGAAGAACAAAAGAAACGAGUGGAAGAUCAUAUGACGAAAGUGGUCGAAGGGAUUGAUAAAACGCAUUUACGGAAAAUGCAGGGAGAUAUGCACAGGUGCGCUGCACAAUGCUGUGAGAAUGAGACAUACAGCAUACAAAAAAUACAUCACUGUAUAGAGAAUUGUAGUUCUUCCUUACAUAAGGCACAACAAUAUGUUCAAAAUGAGUUUGUACGAGUACAGAAUCGUUUGGAAAGAUGUAUAAUGGAGUGCAAUGAUAAUAUAAAAGAUAAAAUGGGCUUGAAUCCGACACAAGCACAAGUGGACAGGUAUAGCGACGAGUUUGAAAAGUGUGCAACUAAAUGUGUGGACACGUAUUGCGAGUUACUGCCAUCCUUGGAAAAAACUAUGAGAGAAGUUCUCAGUAAAAACAAGUUUGCUUAAUAUUUUUUAAUGAAUACAUAGUUUGUAAGUAAAUGUCAAUUUCACCUCUUUUACUUAAGAUAUUGAAUUUAAAAUACACUUAUGUUAAGUUAAGUA